AUGCCGAUAAAACGAGAUAUUGGCCACACGACACCCACGGUCAACGGGUCAGGUGAGCCGGCCGCGGAAAGUGUCGUCCAGAACGGAAACCAUGUCAAUGGCGAGGAUGAGAUAUUGGACAUGCUUAUCGUGGGUGCCGGGUUCGCGGGCAUCUACCUGAUGUACCAUCUAAGGAAACGAGGCUUCACCUCCAAAAUCAUCGAGGCUGGAUCUGAUCUUGGAGGGAUCUGGUAUUGGAACCGAUACCCAGGCGCCCGUGUGGACAGUCAGUAUCCUGUCUACGCGCUGUCCAUACCCGAAGUGUACAAGGACUGGACCUGGUCGUCGCACUAUCCCGACCACGCGGAACUUCGGGAGUACUUCAAACAUGUCGAGGAUUGUCUCCAUGUGAAGAAAGAUUGUGUUUUCAACAGCAAAGUCACCGAGGCGACGUGGGACGACCAGACGUGCCUGUGGACGAUCAAAGUUGAGACCGGCAAGACGUUUCGCGCCAAAUACUGGACUGCGUGCACUGGGUUCGCGGCCAAGCGGUACUUCCCGGACUGGGAAGGCCUGGAGGAAUUCCAGGGCGAAAUCCAUCAUUCCAGCUUCUGGCCCAAGGAAGGCGUCGAUGUCAAAGGGAAGCGAGCGGCUGUGAUCGGGACUGGCGCCACUGGCGUGCAAAUCACCCAAGAGUGGGCAAGAGAGAUCGGAGAAGAUGGCAACCUGAAAAUGUUCCAGCGGACGCCCAACCUCGCGUGCCCCAUGAACCAGGUGUACAUGACCAAGGAAGAACAAGCCAAACUGGCCGAGGGGCUGGCCGAGAGAUUCGCCGAGCGAAACAACUAUUACAAUGGCUUUCUCUACCAGUGGCGCGACAACUUGACUUUUGAUCAUACAAAGGAGGAAAGACAGGAGUUUUACGAAAUGUUGUGGAAGAUGGGAGGUUUCCGUUUCCUGAUGAACAACUACUAUGACAUGACCCGCUCGGAUAAGCCGAACCAAGAAGCGUACGAAUUCUGGCGGGAUCGUGUGCGAGAACGUGUCCGCGAUCCGAGAAAGGCGGAGCUUCUCGCGCCCAUGGAACGUCCCCAUCUGUUCGGUGGGAAACGUCUGUCCCUCGAGCAGGACUUUUACGAUCAUUUCAACAAGCCCAAUGUCGAUGUGAUCGAUGUUCGAAACAAUCCUAUCAAGAAAUUCGUUGCCGACGGUGUCGUUCAGGAGGACGGGACAUACCACAAACUCGACGUGAUCGCGCUGGCGACGGGCUUCGACUCCAUCACUGGAGGUCUGAAGGAUAUGAAGAUCACGGGCGUCGACGGCGAGGUCUUGACCGACAAAUGGGCCCAAGGCACCUGGACGUACCUGGGUAUUUCGACUGCCCACUUUCCCAAUUUCUUCUUUACAUACGGCCCACAAGCGCCGACGGCCUUCUCGAACGGGCCCUCGUGCAUCGAGAUCCAAGGCGACUGGAUCACCUCGGUCCUGGAGGACAUGCGAGAGCGGGGGCUGAAGAAGAUCGACCCGGAGCGCUCCGCCGAAGAGGAAUGGAGAAAACUGGUCUUUGAACUCAUCAACGACACCCCUCGCGGCAAGGUCGACUCGUGGUACAACGGCGCCAAUAUCCCCGGCAAGCCGCGCGAGCACUUGAACUACGCGGGCGGCAUCCCGCGGUAUAAGAAGACGCUCGAGCAGGUCAGGAAAGAUGGAUACACCGGGUUUUCCCUGGCUUGA